AGAGUCUCGUAUUGUUGUUGUUGUGGUGAUGAUGGCGGCUGGCGCGGAGGCCCCGGAUUCCUGGUACCUGGCGCUGCUCGGUUUCGCCGAACAUUUCCGAACCUCCAGUCCUCCUAAAAUCCGCCUGUGCGUGCACUGCCUGCAGGCCGUCUUCCAGUUCAAGCCGCCGCAGAGGGUGGAGGCCCGCACGCAUCUGCAGCUGGGCUCGGUGCUCUACCACCACACGAAGAACAGCGAGUUGGCCCGCACGCACCUCGAGAAAGCGUGGAUGAUCUCACAGCAGGUUCAGGUGGCUCAGUUUGAGGAUGUGAAGUUCGAGGCUGCGAGUCUGCUGUCUGAGCUCUACUGUCAGCAGAACCUGGUGGAUUCAGCGAAGCCGCUGCUGCGUAAGGCCAUCCAGAUCUCCCAGCAGACCCCAUACUGGCACUGCAGACUGCUCUUCCAGCUGGCGCAAUUGCACACACUGGAGAAGGACCUGGUGUCGGCUUGUGACCUGCUGGGGGUUGGAGCUGAAUAUGCCCGAGUGGUGGGAUCCGAAUACACCAGAGCGCUCUUCCUGCUCAGCAAAGGCAUGCUGCUGCUGAUGGAGCGUAAGCUGCAGGAGGUUCACCCUCUGCUGACGCUCUGUGGUCAGAUCGUGGAGACCUGGCAGGGAAACCCCAUCCAGAAGGAGUCUCUGCGGGUCUUCUUCCUGGUGCUGCAGGUCACGCAUUACCUGGACGCCGGACAGGUGAAGAGUGUGAAGCCGUGCCUGAAGCAGCUCCAGCAGUGUAUCCAGACCAUCUCCACGCUCCACGAUGACGAGAUCCUGCCCAGCAACUCUGCAGACCUCUUCCACUGGCUGCCCAAGGAGCACAUGUGUGUCCUCGUCUACCUGGUGACUGUCAUGCACUCGAUGCAGGCCGGGUAUCUGGAGAAGGCCCAGAAAUACACUGAUAAAGCCCUGAUGCAGCUGGAGAAGCUCAAGAUGCUGGACUGCAGCCCAAUCCUGUCCUCGUUUCAAGUGAUUCUGCUGGAGCACAUCAUCAUGUGUCGCCUGGUGACGGGACACAAGGCCACGGCGCUGCAGGAGAUCUCUCAGGUGUGUCAGCUAUGUCAGCAGUCUCCUCGGCUCUUCUCCAAUCACGCGGCUCAGCUUCACACACUGCUGGGUUUGUACUGUAUCUCUGUGAACUGCAUGGAUAACGCCGAGGCUCAGUUCACAACAGCACUGCGGCUCACCACGCAUCAGGAGCUGUGGACCUUCAUCGUCACUAAUCUGGCCAGUGUUUACAUCAGAGAAGGCAACAGACACCAAGAGCUGUACAGUCUAUUAGAGAGGAUAAACCCAGACCACAACUUCCCUGUCAGUUCUCACUGUCUGCGCGCUGCUGCUUUCUACAUCCGCGGCCUGCUCUCCUUCUUCCAGGGACGCUACAAUGAAGCCAAGCGUUUUCUGCGUGAGACACUGAAGAUGUCGAAUGCGGAGGAUCUGAACCGUCUGACCGCCUGCUCUCUGGUGCUGCUGGGACACAUCUUCUAUGUGCUGGGGAACCACAGGGAGAGCAACAACAUGGUGGUUCCAGCGAUGCAGCUGGCCAGCAAGAUCCCAGACAUGUCAGUGCAGCUGUGGUCAUCAGCUCUGCUCAAGGGUGAGACACACACACACACACACACACACAUCCUCCAUGUGAUCUUCCCUCGCUCACUUGAUGAAGAGGAACACACUGUGCAGGGUGACGGGGAUCCCCCAAGGGAACAGCAGAUUGUGAGUGCAUGUGUAAAAGUGGAAUGGAACGCAGCCCUAGUGUCUCAGUGGACAUCUGUAGACUAG